AUGACAUUUUUGGAUAGGGACUUGGUGUCCAACGAUGGAAAUGUGCAGAAAACUUCACCGCCACCAUCAUCCACAAAAAGUAGAGCUGUCACUGGCGGUUCCGAUGGAGAUCAAGGCGCAAUUUCUCGGAUGGCCGAUUCCGAUAUGCCACCUUCUAGUUCUUUGGAGCAACAAAGCAAUGAUGGGGUUGAUCCAGCUGAGUUUUUGAAACGACAACCAAAGAAGAGCAUUCUAAAGGCAAAACAACAGGCAUCUCUGGACAAUAAAGAUGGAAGGGCUCAUUUUGAUGAAAUGAAUAUUAUCGCAACUCAUCAUCCAGCCGACAAGGAUUAUGGACACAUGAAGAUCGACGAGCCAAAAACCCCUUACCAUUUUUCGGACGGCGAAGGAGAGCAAAGCGGAGAUGAGGCAGCCGGGAGUACGCACAGAACACAAAGAAGGGUUAGCCUGGGCACGGCCGUUGAUCUCUCUCCUGCCACUGUUCUUGCUGGUUUGACGAAAGAAAAGAAGGUACCUGAAGCUGAUCCAAGUGACGAAGAGCCUUUAGACGAAGAGGAAAUCAAGCAUAAACAAGAGUUCGAGCGAAAACGCAAGAUGCAUUACAACGAGGGAGCGGUAUUGAAAGCUCAUUUAUCGACUGCUGAUGAUGAAGACGAUUCCGGAGAUGUCCCAAUGCCCAAAGAA